AUGAUUGUGGGGCAUCCCUCUUGGGAUGAUAUGUGGACCUUAAAAGCUUUGUUGCAUGAUUUUAAGCUUUGUUCAGGAUUAUCUGCUAACUUCAACAAGCGUAAGGUGACCGGUUUCAAUGCUAAGCCAGAGUUUUUGAAGGAUGUUUUAGAUUAUCUUUCGUGCGAUGUUAUUAAAGCUCUAUUUAAUUUUCUUGGUAUUUCAAUUGGUUAUAAUAUGAGACGACGCUCCUAUUGGUCACCAAUUAUUGUGAAAGUUAGGAACAAGAUAUCCUCAUGGAAAGGAAAAUCAACAUCUCUAAGUGGAAGAAAUUUGCAACAUCCAAGGAUAAGGAUUGGUGAGGUGGGAUUCCAACACGGGAGUGGUUGGACGUGGUUGCUGUCUGCGAAUUCUGGUUUGGUUGAUGCUACAGUUUCAGCAGAUUCUAACCAUGUGAAUCUUACUACUAUUUUGCAGCAUAUCAUUCUUAUUUCAGGGAAGGCGCUAAAGCGUGCUUGGAUAUCAAACAUGCCUUCUAAUAUCCAUAUGUCUUUUAAAUAUGCUACAAACGAGAAAUGA